AUGUGGAGACCAGCAACCCGUGAGGUUUCAGGAACAAACGAAAUUCCAUUGGGCAACCGCCGUCGGUUCGGCCCUGCGCCCGUCGAAGACGCCGCGCCGCCUCAGCUCGCGCAGCCGUCGCCGUCCGCGUACCCUCGCCCCCAACCUCAAAAUGACAGAGAAGGCUCACGUUCGGACCGCGGAGACACUCCUACCGCCAACGGUGCAGCUAUUGACCCUAAUGCUCCUCGGAAGCGUCGCAGCCGUUGGGGUGACGCCAAGACCGAAAUUCCUGGUCUACCCACAGCUAUCAACGCCAACGGUGUCUCACAGGCUCACCUCGAUAACUAUGCCAUCCACCUCAGAUUGGAAGAGAUCAACCGCAAGUUGCGUUUGAAUGACUUCAUUCCGCCUGAGCGUGAACGCUCUGCCUCUCCUCCCCCUACGUAUGAUGCUCACGGUCGUCGUACUAACACCCGUGAGGUGAGAUACCGCAAGAAGCUCGAGGAAGAGCGUAUCCGGCUCGUCGACCGUGCCAUGAAAAACGACCCCAACUUCCGUCCCCCCGUGGAGUAUCAUCAGAUGAAACGCUCCCAGCGUCCUUCCGACAAGGUCUACAUCCCAGUCAAGGAGUUCCCUGAGAUCAACUUCUUCGGGCUCCUAGUUGGGCCUCGUGGUAACAGUUUGAAGAAGAUGGAACGGGAGAGCGGUGCCAAGAUCAGUAUCCGCGGCAAGGGCUCCGUGAAGGAGGGGAAGACUAGACCUGAUCAGUUCGCUGAAGAUGCCGAAGAAGAUCUUCACUGUCUUGUUACUGCUGACUCUGACGACAAAGUCUCCGCCUGUGUCAAGAUGAUCAACAGAGUCAUCGAGACGGCUGCCUCUACCCCCGAAGGUCAGAAUGAUCACAAGCGUAACCAGCUUCGUGAACUAGCUGCUCUGAACGGUACGCUUCGUGACGACGAGAACCAGAUCUGCCAGAACUGCGGAGGCGUCGGUCACCGGAAGUACGACUGCCCAGAACAGCGCAACUUCACCGCGAACAUCAUCUGCCGCGUUUGUGGUAGUGCUGGUCACAUGGCUCGUGACUGCACUGUCAACAGGGACCCGAACGCAGUGCAUGCCCCGCCUAACCCCAACAUGAUCAAGGGCGGAUUCGACUCGGAGUACGCUAGCCUGAUGGCUGAGCUCGGCGAGACAGGGAAGGGUCCGGGUGGGGAUGCUGGGAGGUUACCGUGGACAGGGUCGGCCGGACACGACAUCACAGCAGGAGGCUCAAACAUUCCCCCUUGGCGGCGUCCCGAGGUGUGGCAGAGCGCUGUUCCUUCUAACACGCAGGGCGGUGGUGGCGGUGGUGGCCCCGGCGGCGGAGGUGGCUACCGCCCUCAAGGAGGAGGCUCGUACAACGGCUACGGAUCUGCGCCAGGCUACGGUGCUGGCGCUGGCGGCGGUGCUGGUGCUGGUGCCGCUCCUGCCUGGGGCGGUCAGGCUGCUGCUGGAUACGGCCAAGGCGCUAACUCCGGCUACUACCCCCAGUCGCAGGACUACGGCGCCGGCUACGCCCAGUACUACCAGAACCAGUACUCGCAGCAGCAGAUCAGCACACCAACGCAGUAA